AUGCCUGCCAAUGCUGCUGCCGAGAAUGUGCUCGGCACAAUGGGGACCGUAUGCUGGAUGAUCCAGCUCCUGCCGCAGAUCUGGAAGAGCUGGCGGGAGAAGUCCACAGAGGGCCUGGCGGACUACCUAGUCCUGUUGUGGAGCAUCUCGGCAUGGUUUCUCGGAGUGUACGCUAUCGUCCAGGACUUGAAUGUCCCGCUCAUCGUCCAGCCGCAAGUCUUUGGCUUCCUGGCAUUGGUGUCGUGGGCACAAUGCCAGUACUAUGCCCGAAAACGAUCCCUCAAAGUCUGCCUCGCCCUGUUUGCAGGGCUUUUACUGCUGCAGGCAGGCUUCGAGGUCGGCAUGGUGUACGCCGUCCGUCCCUCCUUCCGCGCAGGCAAUCUACGCGCGACGCAGUUCUUCGGGAUCAUGGCCUCUGUGCUACUCUCCCUUGGCCUCCUCCCUCAGUACUACGAAAUCUACAGAUACCGCGAGGUGUUCGGGAUCUCCAUCUCGUUCAUGGCAAUCGACUUGUUGGGCGGAGUCUUCAGUGACCUCUCGCUCGUGUUCAAGUCCAGGUUCGAUGUUAUUGCGGGUGUUGCGUAUUCGCUUGUUGUAGUCUUGGAUGGGAUUGUCAUCAUACUUGCCCUCAUACUCAACCCGCUGGCACGAAAGCGACGCCGACGGCGUGAAGUGGAGUUGUCUUCAGCUCGAGGAGAAAUUGCUACGGCAGCAUCCCAGGCCGACGAGGACACAGAAGUAGAGAGAGACCGAGAAAAGCGUCCCUCGGAGGGGGAACGUGUCAUAGAUUGA